CUACCCCUCGGCGAACUGCUCAGGUUUGCUGCCAGGCUGAGUGCGAUCUACGGCGGCACGUACAUGCUGGACAAGCCCGCGGACGAACUCGUCAUGGAAGACGGACACGUCGUCGGCGUGCGCUCCGGCGGCGAGACCGCCAAGUGCAAGAUGGUGGUCUGCGACCCGAGCUAUGUUCCCGAGCGCGUGAAGAAAGCCGGACAGGUGGCCCGCUGUAUCUGCCUGAUGAAUCAUCCCGUUCCAAACACCAAGGAUUCUGCGUCGUGUCAGAUUAUCAUUCCCCAGCACCAGGUCGGCAGACACUCCGAUAUCUACGUGUGUGCUGUCUCAGCUAGCCACCAGGUGGCAGCUAAGGGUUGGUUUGUUGCCAUGGUGAGCACCACUGUGGAGACGGACAAACCAGAAGCUGAACUCAAAGUGGGGCUAGAUCUGCUUGGGCCAGUCGAGGAAAAGUUUUACUCUGUGGCUGACCUGUAUGAACCAACAGAUGAUGGCAGGGAAAGUCGGAUAUUUGUUUCCAAGGUAUUCGACGCGACCACGCACUUUGAGACGACAUGCUUAGAUGUGUUGGAUAUCUACAAGAGAUCCAUGGGAGAGGACUUUGACUUUUCGAAAGUCAGGCACACACUGGAGGAGCAGGAGUAAGGUGGUGGCGCCAUCUACCAAGCAGCACGCGGGUAGACUGCACGUCUACUCUUCUGCUUUGACAUCAUACAUAUAUAUAUAUAAUUAUAUAUAUAUAUAUAUAUACACAUAGCAUGUGAUUCUGCAACAUGUAUAUCUCUGUUGAAGAUUUCUUUGGCACUACAGUAUAAGUUGGAUCUAUUGCUAAGGGGCUAUAUCUCUAUUGGUGUGUAACUAACCUUUGAAUGAUGUAUCGGUCACCACACGAGCGUGAUGUCCCACGCCCGCAGACUUCCACCGUCUUAAUUGGCGUGCUAACGAGCGUGGUUGGUGCCUGCAUUGCUCAGCGCCCCCUAGCGUGAAAGUGUGAUAAUAAUAAGGAGAGGGCGGGUACCGGGAACGCCGGAAUGCUUAGAAGGGAGUCGGUCGUCUGUCUUUAUUUGUCUCGUUGUCAGUGGGUGUGCCCCCAAUGAUCGGUUGCAACGUUGUGGCCUCAUGCUUCCUCGUGUAAACUUGUGUCUUAUAUCAGUCGGUGCACGACGUUUGCUCUCUAAUACUCUCUCGUGUUGUUCUCGCGGCUGUCGCUGUUGACGGACCGGCUAGCAAAAAUUCCCGCGUCUUUGCUUGCUGUCCAGUCACGAGGUGAUCUUGUGUCUGUCUCUCUUCCAUCUCCCCAUUUUUGCCUCUCUCUCUCUCUCUCGCCCUCCCUCUCUCUCUUGCCCUCUCUCCCUCUCUCUCUCUCUCUCGCCCUCCCUCUCUCUCUUGCCCUCUCUCUCUCUCUCCCUCUGUCUCCUGCCCUCUCUCUCUCUCUCUCUCUCUCUCUCACUCUGAUAUUUCCCUCUCCAGAAAGAGAAAGACCCUAUGACCUGUUAAACUCUCUCCAUCUGCUCUCUCACGUGUCCUUUCUCUAUCUCCGUUUCUCACUGGUGGUAGCGUGCCAUCAUUCUCAGUUUGCAAUGGCCUAUUGUCUAUCCGUAUUCAUGCAUGGCGUCUCAUUGCUACUACAAGUGUUAUAUAGAGCUUUAGUGCAACUGCUAUUAUACCGCGCUGCUGCUGUUGCUACUGGUUGGUUCUAAGCUGUUGCCAUUUUGGCUGAAUGCGUUUUGUAUCAACACCAUAGUUGUCCAGUAAUUGUAUUGGAUAGGGAAUGUCAUUGCAGGGGGAUCUAUCGUGCUUGCAGGCGUGUUAGCAUGAGUGUUUUACCUGUGUCUGUGCAAGCAGGUAGAAUUUGCUGGCUUCGUAGAAUGAGUGCGCUCGAAAUAAAUUGGACACGGGUGUGCGUAGACCUUGCGCGAGGUGUGAUCUAGCGGGAUGCGAAGUGCCGAAAGCAUCUAAGCUCGGCUUUCCUUGUAGACGGAUGAAUUGUCUCCUGGUCUGAAUUAAUAUGUGAUGGGAAAAAUGUAAUCAUAUCUUAGAAAUUGGCAAAGUUAUAUAAGCAUAUUUUAACGCGGUUUGCGAAUGUGUACCGAAGUGAACUGCAUUGAACUUGCCGGCGGAGUUGUGGCGGAAAAUUGGGAAGGAGGUUGGUCCGGAAAUCAUCGAGAAAGGUCGGAGCUCGUCGACUCAUGAGGGAUGGCUGAGCGUAGAGAGAUGUGGGCGGAUGUGAACGAUUCGCGCUCCCUCUACCGACUGCCGGGUUGUAAAUAUAUUGCGGCGCGAGGUUGGAUCUGGUUGGACCGAUGCUGCAGCGUUUGGGCGCGGUCCGUGACUGUGGGUGCUGCAGCGUUUGGGCGCGGUCCGUGACUGUGGGUGCUGCGGUUGUGAUUGCCGAUCGUGGACAGCUGUAUUUAUUAGUCGAUGUAACUGGGAGAGAACGCGAGCUGCGCGCGUUGUCGUGGACGUCUUACGUUUAUGGAGGUGGCGAGUGAACGUUACGGGUGACGAGUGGCAGCGAUGCCUGUGUCUGUGUACGGAUUCUCUGCUGAUUGAACUUAGCAUGGACGCCACCAGGGGGCAGCAGUGCUCGCCAAUUAUGUGCGCGCGUAGAGAUAACGUUGAUUUUGUUCGAACGGUCGAAGGUUAUGCGGCUAAUGUUCUUUGCAGUUCCUUGUUAAAGGAUCGAUGAAACGUAAUUUGCAAUUUUCUGAAUGUUUACAGGAGAUGUACGCGAGUCCGUGUGUUUGUGUGUAUGUGGAACCAACGCGAGAGUUAGGAUGUAUUUCCGGAUGCGACAGUUUUCUGCGUGCAGUACAAAAUUUGCGCUGCACUCCCCAGCAAGAUCCACACUAUAUCGUCUAGUCACUCGCUCUCCUAGGCACCCCUUGCACCGCCAGCAUAUUAAGUAUCCCGGCAAUUUAACAACGAAUUCCUGGUGAAUUAUUGAAGUUGACACACCCCCGAAGCUUGUAUGUACAGCCUUGAUUUGUGGAAUAAACUACGUGUACCUUA